AUGCCUCUCGACGAUGACGACAUCCCAACCGCCGCGCCGGCAGCAGCAGUGGCGAGCGCACAAGCUGGCGACGUCGAGGGCGGGUUAACGGCCGACGAUGCCCUCGAGGAGGAGACGCAGGACUUUGUGGCCUUUGCAUCGCUAUUCCGCAAGGGCACGGGCAUCUCGGCCCAGACCAUCCGCCGGGGCGAGAAGGACUUUGAGUCACACGGCACGCGCGCGCAGGACAAUGCCCUCGAGCAGAGUCGCGCCGCCAUGCAGGACGUGCUGAGCUACACGCGCGUUCAUACACCCCAGAACUGGGUCCGCGGCUGGUAUUUUCCCGACUGGUGGGCCGACUGGCCCGAGGACGAGCACCACGACCUCGAAGAGCCCAAAGACGGCAGGGAGCCUGCAGAGAAGAAGGCGCACGUCCAUGUGCGCGACCGUGUCGUCAUUGUCGAGAACACGUCCGUCUCGAGCACGAACCUCGGCCGCGUCAUAACCGGACAGCCCAAGGACAAGCCGGGCAGGGGCAAGGACUGGCUCCUGCCUGAAGAGGCUCUCUAUCUUAUCGAACGGGGGUCGCUGGACCUCUGGUGGCCUACCCGGGGCCUGGAAGACAUAUUUCCUGUUCAGCAGCCUGUCGCGAAGGACGUGGACGCGCCGAGCCCGGACGUCGCAGACGAAUUCGACGAGUACGAGAGGGGAGUGCCCCUCAGUCUCCAGGCCGCCUACGCGCUGCUCAUCGGUAACGACGGUGAGCGCGGCAAGAUCAGCCUGCAAAAAUUCCAAGUCUACUCAAAUCUCAAGCGGGCGGGCUACAAUGUUCUCCGGGCACCGCCCAUCUACAAACAGCCGACGCCAUCUACCGCAUCGGCAAUGACUUUAACUAGAAUAUGGGAGUGGUUAUCGUCACUACUGCCGCGCAGCGAGCCGGGCCACAGGCCGUACGGGCCCCUGGUCCAGCCGGGUCUCUACAGAUCCUAUGUUCCCAUCUAUACUCAAAUGGCUGUGAUCCCGCGGCAUAAACCCUCACCUAGUCCUUCGAGUCCGUGGCAGACAGAGGCGCCGUUUGCCAUCCACUAUCACAUCUGGAAGUCGGCGCAGAAGUGGACCAAGACCCGGCACCCUCCGCCCGACUUUUACCUUGCCGUGGUCGACGCGCAGGAAUCUGCGGUGCCCUCCCUCGAGGAGAUCACGGCGCUGAUCGACGCGACGCCGCCGGCACCGGGGAAACCUGAGUGGGCCGGGCCGGGCCGGCUCUACGCGCGACUGAAGCACGGGCACAGAAACGUGCUGGUAGCCGUUGUUGACCAUGGCGUCAUCAAUUACAUACGGUUUGCUGAAGGCGCGUUUGGCGAAGAGCUCUUGUUCCAUCGUUUCGAUGGUAGGGGAGUUACCCGCGGAGGCAAGAGAGGCGGCGGGCACGGAGGAAGGGGAAGGGGCGGGAGGGGCGGCGCGGGCGGCAGAGGUGGCAGAGGUGGCAGAGGUGGCGGAGGUGGCAGGGGGAGGCGGUAA